AUGUACUGUGAAAUACUGAAGCAGAGCCUGAUCCCCUCCCUCCAGAAACUGGAUCAAAGGGCAGUUUUCCAGCAUGACAAUGACCCCAAAUACACAUCUAAGACAACCACUGCUUAUCUGAAGAGGCUGCAGGUAAAGGUGAUGGACUCCAUGUCUCCAGACCUAAACCCAAAAGAGCAUCAUUGGGGCAUCCUCAAGUGGAAGGUGGAAAAGCGCAAAGUCUUGAAUGUCUGCCAGCUCUGUGAUGUUGUAAUGGAAGAGUGGAAAAGCAUUCCAGUGGCAAUCUGUGAAGCUCUAGUGAACUCCAUGCCCAGGAGAGUUAAGGAUGAGUUCCAUCCAUUCAUUGAGGCUCUGCUGCCCCAGGUUCGUGCCUUCGCUUAUACAUGGUUUAACCUUCAGGCCAGAAAGAGGAAGUACUUCAAAAAACAUGAGAAGAGGAUGACUAAAGAAGAAGAGAGAGCUGUUAAAGAUGAAUUACUGGGAGAAAAAGCAGAGGUGAAACAAAAGUGGGCUAGCCGACUUUUGGCGAAACUAAGAAAAGACAUCAGACCUGAAUGCAGAGAGGACUUUGUCUUGUCAAUCACUGGGAAGAAGGCUGCAUGUUGUGUCUUGUCAAAUCCUGACCAGAAAGGCAAAAUGAGACGAAUAGACUGUCUCAGACAAGCUGACAAGGUGUGGAGGUUAGACUUGGUGAUGGUUAUCCUCUUUAAGGGAAUUCCUCUAGAAAGCACAGAUGGAGAGCGUCUGGUUAAGGGAGGCCAGUGCUCCAAUCCUGUUCUUUGUGUCCAGCCACGACACAUCUCUGUUUCUGUGAAAGAGCUAGAUCUCUACCUUGCCUUCUAUGUCCAGGAGAAAGAGGCAGAGCAGAGUAACAGUCCCAGUCGUACUGGAGUUAGCUCUGAUCAGGAGGACAGUCGGACAGCAACUAUAGAUGGCCCAGAGUUCCAGGAAAGUUUUGUGACUUCAGGAGUCUUCAGUGUUCCUGAGUUGGUCCAGGUCUCGAGAACUCCAGUAGUUACAGGAGUGGGACCUGGUUUCUCUAUUGGGGAGCUUCAAGGUCAUCUAGCCUAUGACCUUAACCAGUCCAUCAACCAACCGGUCAGCCUGCGACGGUCACUGGCCAGCACAUCCUCCAGCGGGAGUAAACGCCUUAAGUCCGGCUCCAUUGAAGAGGAUGCUGAUAGUCCUGGAGGGGAGUAUUACAAUUCACCUGCAUCUCCUGCUAGCAGCUCCAGGAACUGGACUGAUGACUUGGAAGGAGGUUUGUCUCCCCCAGUGAAGAAGGCAGAUCUGGACAGCCCUUCUCCACAGGAGGGCUCACCAAGGGUGGGAUCCUUCACUCAGCACCACCGGCCAGUUAUAGCAGUGCACAGUGGUCUCUCUAGAUGUCCUCAUCCCUCCUCAUCGCUUCACUUUCCAUCUUCUUCCUACUUUGCUCAUGGAGCAAUCCGAUACCCCCCCCAUCUGGCCCAGGACCCCUUGAAGGAUCUAGUCUCAUUGGCUUGUGACCCUGCAAAUCAGUCCCCCAGCUCUCUGAAUGGCAGCACUCAGGUUAAAGUGCCCAGCCAUUAUAUCUCCUCCCAGAUGUUAGCGCCCCCAGGACCAGCAUCCUCCCUCCCCAGACCAGCAGUUCCCACAGAGUCCAAAGCUUCUACCUCUGCCUCUGAUGGGGGGGCAAAUUCCCCUACAUCACCCUCAUACUCUGCUCCUGGGACCCCACCUGCCAGCCGGUCUUCCUUCGUUGGAGUCAACCCCCGAGACCCUGGGGGGCUGUACCAAGCCCAGUCUUGGUAUCUGGGCAACUAAGCGAACUUUGGCAGAAAGCUGAUGAAGCUGACAGCUGAAGCUGACCUGGAGGAAAUAAUCCCAUCAAGACACUAUCAGAGCAGAAAAUAUGUCCAGUUUUCUAGGAAUGCCACACCCUGGUCUCAUGCAUACAUAAAUAUAUAUGACCAUGUAUUUAUGUAUGCUUCUCACAGGAGAGGACCUAGAUGAAAGGUGGAUGCUGCUCAGCCAUGUAGCGGUGCCUGAUUGAACUCUGCUAUAUAAUACUACAUAACUGUCAUAACUGACAGCUUCUGGGAUUUUCACAUGAAGGCUAUGGGUUGGUGCAGACGUCAGAUUGGUUUCUAAAGAACUACGCAUCAACUCUGCAGGUUCUGGGAAGCUUGUAACCCCACUGCAUCCCAAGGAUGGACCCUGUUGUCCCAGGAUACAUGUCAGCCUUUAUUCCAGGCUGUCUGCUUUAAGUCCUGCUGGAGGCCUGUAUACAUCGCAGCUCCAACGACUGGAACCUCCGGUCCUCCUGCCUUCAUCAAUGCAGGUGCUGCUUUUAAUAUAUGCAAACAAGCCUCCAUUCAUUUCCAGACUGACUAGAAUGUUUCUAUGUAUGUUUGUUUGCACUUUUUAGUCAUUAUUGAGAUGAGCUGAGUUUGUUUUUCAUUCCCAUCCAUCUUGAGACAAAAGCUUUCUUUUUUUUGACAAUCAUCAAGCUGAAGCUUUUAGGUUGCAUUGCAAAAAUAUUUAAUAUGAUUUUAAGAUGAAAAUAAGGAGUGAAAUAAGAUUUAUCUUCUUGCCUUGUUCAACACAACACAAGUACUUUUAGAGAUUGAGAGGAAAAGCUAGUAAACUUCUGUGGAUGUUUGGGAUAACAUGCUGGAGAUGUCUGUUCCUAUGGAGACACGGGUUUCUGCCUGUGAGUCAGGACCUGUUGACAUGCAGCCAUGUUUCUGGUUAAUGAAGGUGAUCAGUGUAGAAAGCAAUGCAGCAGCCUGCGGAUGCUUACCUGUUUGUGUUUGUGCGUUCUCUUUCCUGCUCUGUUCUGAGGAAAUGUUAUGUUCAUGUGUCUGUGAAAGCCAACAGUGCACUAUGGUCAUAUUGACCUCCCUUUUUUUGAGAAAGAAUUGGUAGUGUGGAGUAUUGUUAAGCCUGACUACUCUAAAGUGUUUGUGGUGUGCAGGAGCUCUACAUACUGACCUGAGGAGAGGAGGAUGGUGUCUCUUUGACUUCUAGAAAGAGUAUUGGGCUCUGUUAGGUUCUGGAAUGGCCAACCUCAACCCUAUGUGCACUGAAUGUUCACUGUAUGGGACCUCAGGUUGAGUUUCAGACCAGAGCUGACAUCAGCAGUGGUGUAAGGAGGCAAGCCAGGACCAGGUUUUAAAGGCAGACAUCGUUUUUCAUGAUGCUAAAAGUCUGGGGUCAGCUGUAAAAUAAUGCUUUAGUCAAUUAUUAUUAUUAUUAUUAUUAUUAUUAUUAUUAUUAUUAUUAUUAUUAUUUCUAAAUCGUGCUGCAUAGAACAGCUUCUGGUAUCAGUGUUUAAUUUCAUCAGAGUAAUCCCCUGCUGUGUUUAUGUAAAGGAGACUCAAAUCCACAUUCUUAUAAUGAAACUGAAUCAAAGCAGUAUUCUCAUUAUCUCUACUUCUACACUCUUUUAGUACAUAA